AACAUUUGGACAUAUGCUAGGGCUCGGGUCGACCUCAUGACGUAAAGAGCGGCCCAGGGCCUAGGGUUUUGGGAACUCCGGCGAAUUUCCAUGGCUGCCGCUCGUCUCCUCCAGAGGCGGCUCGCCUCCCUCCUCUGCCGAGAUCGACUCCAACCCCUCGUUUCGCAAGGACUUGCUUGGUCUUCCCAUGUAACAAAAGGCAUAAGAGAUAUCCAAACAGAGGCGGAAUUAACAGAUACAACCAGUGAAGAUGCUGGGGACCUGAAACCUUGCCAGGAUGAUCCAAAAAAGAUCUCCGACUUAGAUGAAAGGCUUAGCCCUAUUGCUAAGGAGUCCAGUGUGAAUUAUGCAGCUUUCACUAACUUAAAAGCAUCCAAGAGGCAUGAUCUUGCCAUGAUCUAUACAUGCAAGGUUUGCGAGACCAGAUCUGUGAAGACUCUUUGCCGCGAAUCAUAUGAAAAGGGAGUGGUGGUGGUUCGCUGUGGAGGGUGCAAUAAUCUCCAUCUCAUUGCAGAUCGACUUGGUUGGUUUGGGGAGCCUGGGAGUGUGGAAGAUCUGUUAGCGGCACGAGGAGAGGAGGUGAGGAAAGGUUCGGUGGACACCCUGAAUCUUACUUUAGAGGAUCUUGCUGGAAGUAAGUCUUCAUGAUUGUUGAAAAUGCAAGGGAUCAAUCCUUGUUUCAUAUGGGAAUGAGCAUUUGCCAGUUCUGGCAGUCAGUUGUUUUCAACGUUCAUGUAUUUGGUAGUUGUGUUUUCUUUGUUCUUGGGUAUCAUGUAUCAUGUAUCCAUGAGUCAAGUUCUGACCGGAAACAUAAACUCACAUGACUGUGUAACAUUUCUAAAUUGAACAGAGUGGAAUUAUAGCAGAGCCUCAUCCUUGAUGUAA